UGAGAUGGCCCCACCCUUUCCGUCUAAGUUCUUGCCUGGCUUGGUCAGCAACGUUGAGAAGUCUGCGCUCACCGUCCAGCAGAGGCCGCCCUGAGGCAGAGCCAGGAGGGAGCGACGAGGGUAGGCUGCGGCGGCAGGCGAGAGCCAGUGGACGGAGCCCCAUGGGAAGGACGGCGGGAGGCGUUUCACUGCAGCAGUCCCGAGCGCGCGAGAGAGACGCACUUCAGGAACAGGAGGAAGACGCAGGAGCUGCUGGUGUUCUUGGCUGCAGACGCUGCCUGCCGGCCCUCCGCAAGAAAAAGGCGCUUGACCGAGCGCAGCUGCCCUGCCCGGGCCAGCAUCUCCUUCCAGCCGCUCUCGUCGCGGUGGUCUUUGCGGACAGGCGCCGGUGGGCACAAUGGCUCAUCGGGGUGGCCAGACUCUUUCUGCCCUCUUCCUCGUCAUCCUAGCAGCAGGAUUGAAUUUCUACUCUGCCUCUUCAACUAGUACAUUUGCUCCAUCAAAGAUAGUUACCUCAGGAAGAACAGGACCUGAUAAUCAAACUACUGCACCAAAUGACAGCACUUCGGUGAGCUCUAUACCAAUAUCUACAGCAACAGUCACUUUUUCCACACCUACAGAACAGAGUUAUAAUACCACAAAUUCUACAGCAACCACCCCCAUGGUGGAGACUUUGAUUCCAACCACCCUAUCAAGAACAUUACACAUAAGUAUUUCAACAGUCAACCCAUCACCACAGUCAAGCACUGGAUUACAAAGCACAGAGCACACCACAUCUGUGACAUCAGUCACCAGUCUGACAGCAAGUACCAUUCACCAUUCAGAAACCCCAACAAUCACCUCUACACCUAAUACAAUAGCAUCAUCCACCAUUAGUCCUAAUAUUACUUCACCUAAUACUACUAACCUUAGCCCUGCUAGCACCACCCAGUUACUAAGUGCAGAAACAUCAACGGUCAUUUUAACCACAACCAAAGAAGUCCCUACUGAAAAGACAACUGGAGAAACUAUUCCAGCAUCUACCGUCCCGGACCAGACAUCUUCACAAGUGAUUUCAGCAAAUAAAGCCACCACCGACAGCACCGCAUCCUCUUCAGGGGUGACCAUGCAAGAGGUUCGGCGUGCUUUGAGUUCAGGAAGCAUUGCAGCUAUUACUAUCACAGUGAUUGCUGUGGUUCUGUUGGUGUUUGGCAUAGCCGCAUUCCUGAAGAUUAGACAUUCUUCAUACGGAAGACUCUUAGAUGAUCACGACUAUGGAUCCUGGGGAAACUACAACAACCCUCUAUACGAUGACUCUUAAUGGAAAAACCUUAUUUGAGCCAAAAACUAUUGUAUUUAUGAAGCACUUCUUUCAGUAAAAGUGCCAUUGUCUAAUAUC